AUGGAUUCUGGAGAGAGCGAGUACCGAUGCUUCGUCGGAGGUUUAGCUUGGGCCACCGAUGAUCAAUCUCUCGAAAGGACUUUCAGCCAGUUUGGAGAUGUUAUCGACUCCAAGAUCAUCAUGGAUCGUGAGACGGGAAGGUCAAAAGGGUUUGGAUUCGUGACUUUCAAAGAUGAGGAAUCGAUGAGAGCUGCGAUUGAGAGGAUGAAUGGUCAAGAACUCGAUGGUCGUAAUAUAACCGUCAACGAGGCUCAAGCUCGCGGUAGUCGUGGCGGUAACGGCGGUGGAUAUAACCGAGGAGGAGGCGGUUACGGAGGUGGUAAUUAUGGAGGCGGUGGCUAUGGAAGUGGUGGCUAUGGAAGUGGUGGCUACGGAGGUAGACGUGAUCAAGGUGGAUACAGCCGUGGCGGCGGCGGAGGAGGAUACGGUGGUGGUUAUGGAGGUGGACGUCGUGAAGGUGGUUACGGUGGUGGCGGUUACGGUGACGGCGGAGGUUACAGUGGCCGAUCUGACGGAGGAAACUGGAGAGAAUGA